CACGCGUCAUCUCGUACGAGGCGUGUAUACAUUGGACCACACCACUUUCUUCUUUGUUUCGACCAACUCUCCACUAACAUGGCUUCCGAAUUAAAUCCACGCACUACCUCCUACGAAUUUCUGGGGCCUCCAGGCGCUUUCUUGAUCUCUGUGGGUGUUCCCAUCGCCACCUACGCUCUCUACUUUGGUUGCUCCGAGCAAUCCGGCGGUUGUCCCCCGUCUCUCAGCUUGGUACCUGAACAAAUAUCGCUCGCUAUCUCCGAUCCGGCGUUCUGGAAGGGACUAUGGGACACCCAGGCGAUGCUGCUAUACCUGGCGUGGUAUGCUUCCACACUUCUCGCGUGGCUCGUCCUUCCCGGAGAUCUUGUCGAGGGAACAGAACUGCGCACUGGGGGAAGGAAAACCUAUAAAAUUAAUGCAUUCGCUACAGGCCAGCUUGCCUUGGGUGUAGUCGGCGGACUGAUCUACCGUUUCGGUCCUCAGUCUUUCACUAUAUUCCAUGACAAAUUUGUUGGCUUCAUCACGGCGUCCAUCCUCAUGUCUGUUGUGCAAGCUGUCGCAUGUUACGCGGCAUCCUUCCGUCCCGGCGCCAUUCUCGCCCUCGGUGGGAACAGUGGUAACUUCAUUUAUGACUUCUACAUCGGCCGCGAAUUGAACCCGAUGUCCUGGGGAACGUUUGAUUUGAAAACCUUCAACGAACUGCGGCCCGGGCUAAUUCUUUGGGUACUCAUUGAUAUCAGCAUGGCCUGUGAACAGGCUGUACGCCGCGGGGGAAUCAAUCAAGUCACCGACUCGAUGUGGCUUGUUUUAUUCUUCCAAGGCGCCUAUGUUGUUGACGCACUCUACAACGAGUCUGGGAUUUUUACACAAAUGGACAUCACGUCAGACGGAUUUGGAUUCAUGCUGUCGGUGGGCGAUCUUGCUUGGGUGCCAUUUGUGUAUUCGUUGCAGGCCCGCUAUCUCGUGUUCAACCCGAUAGUUUUGGGUCCCUGGCUUACGGCGGCCAUUUUCCUCGUCAACGGAUUGGGCUACUAUAUUUUCCGAGCUGCCAACGGCGAGAAGAACGACUUCAGGAACGGCAAGAACCCGAAGAAUCUCCAGUAUAUGCCUACUGAACGUGGUACGAAGCUGCUGACAUCUGGCUGGUGGGGCGCUUCCAGACAUCCCAACUACAUGGGUGAUCUUCUGAUGGCGCUUGCUUGGUCAUUGCCCACUGGUUUCAGCACGCCCAUUACCUAUUUCUACGUCAUCUAUUUCGCUGUUCUUCUCGUUCAUCGUCAACGCCGCGACGAUGAAAUGUGCGAGAAAAAGUACGGAAAGGAUUGGGAGAAGUACAAGAAACUCGUACCGUACCGUAUCAUUCCCUAUGUGUAUUGACCUGACCUACAACAUAACUUGGGUGUUUCGAUGAUGUCACAGCUUUCAAAAUGCCCCUAAUCGUUAUGUGAAAUUAAAUUCCGGUUGUCGUCCUGC